UCUUUGAGCCACCGUAGGUACUUCUGCGCAUGUUCUGUGCAUUCAAACGAGUCGCGUGUAAUUUACAAAUCAGUAUAUAUAGUCUUAAGAAGUGCUCCAGGCUCCACAAUGUCUGUUCAAGCAACAAACCCCAACAACCCGAUUGUCUUCUUCGACAUUACCAUUGGAGGGCAGGAUGUUGGACGGAUGAAGGUUGAGCUGUUUGCAGAUGUUGUUCCAAAAACAGCUGAGAAUUUCAGGCAGUUCUGUACAGGAGAGUUCAGGAAGGAUGGUGUUCCCAUUGGUUUCAAAGGCUGCACAUUUCACAGGGUGAUCAAAGACUUCAUGAUACAAGGAGGAGACUUUGUCAAUGGUGAUGGGACUGGUAUCUGCAGCAUCUACAGAGGUCCGUUUGCAGAUGAAAACUUCAAAAUGAAGCAUUCUGCACCUGGUCUUCUUUCCAUGGCAAACAGUGGUCCGGGAACAAAUGGCUGUCAGUUUUUCAUUACCUGCACUAAAUGUGAUUGGUUAGAUGGGAAACAUGUUGUUUUUGGAAAAGUGGUGGAUGGUCUGCUGAUAAUGAGAAAAAUUGAGAAUGUCCCCACGGGCCCCAACAACAAGCCAAAACUCCCAAUCGUCAUUGCUCAAUGUGGAGAGAUGUGAACCUGCUAGCUACGUGGAUGAGAAAUUCACAUUUCUGUAUGUGUUAAAUAGUGUCUAAAUGGUAACUGUAUAACUUCCCUGUAAAGGAUACCUUUUCCCAUACGGAAUAGAUUGAAGGUCGAUUGUACUUCAUUAAAGCCUCUUUAGAUUUCAGACUAACUGCUGCAUCAAAUUGCAAAUUAUUCAAGUCAUAUUCUUUUGUGGCAAGACCUAAUUUUUUCUUUGAGGAUAAAUUUGGUAAAACUUAAUGUUCAGUGUACUUGUUUCAAUUUCUGCCUUUUUCAGACUAAUGGGAAAAUGUGUUUGUGAUCACCAUAUAUCCAUUUUUUAAAUAAAUUUGUACAUUUUUA